AUGAGUGACAUGCUGUUCAGACUAGAUGAUCCUCGUCUUGGAAAGAUAAUUAAACACCGAGCAGACAUCUCUGGUACAAAAUCUAAAGACGACAUCUCUAUUGGCUUUAUUGGUUUUCCUAAUGAUGAAGGCGUUCGCCGAAACUUGGGUCGUAUUGGUUCCGCCCAAGGACCCGGAGUUAUCAGAGAACUUUUGCCUAAACUUGGUUGUCUAAUUAAUCGCGAGUUCAAUGUUGAUUUAUCAGGUUAUUUAAUUUUAAUUUAA